AUGGUUUCGUUCUCCCUGUUCAUUUUCACCUUGAGCUUUUUGGAAUAUAAGCAACUCUUCCAACAGUAUGGAUACGAAAAUGCAGUGGACGCAAGAGGAAGAACUCACCGAUUGCUAGCCGAAGUGCAGCAAAUGGAUGCAGUAGAGAGUUAUGAGUCUAAUGAGUUCCUCCCCAUGGACUCAUCACCACAAGGGUAUUCAGCCGAAUCAACUGGUGACGAAAUGGACGAAGAAGAUAAACUCUUCUCCUCUGCAGUAAAAUAUGACGGAAAAAAAUCAGAUGCCCUAAGUAGCGAAGUAAUAUACAAAAAAGAGGAAGGAGAAACUAUUGUAGACGCAAUAAAGUAUGGAGAAGAAUACAACGUAGAAGAUGACGUAGCAGUAAAGUAUGGAGAAGAAUACAACGUUGAAGAUGAUGUAGCCGUUAAGUACCCCAAAAAAGAAAAAAAACAACAAAUUGAAUUGGGGGCUAUCUUAUUUAAAAAGAAAGACCUCAAAAAAAACCAACUAGAUAAAUUACCCAUUAAAAAAAAAGGAAAAGAAAUAAACGAAGCGGUUUAUUAUGUCCAACCAGAACAUGGAAAAGCCAUAUCAAAAGUAUCCCUAGAGUUUUCUGUAAAAGAAAAAGACGGAUGCAAAUAUCCAACCGUCAGUAGAGCCAUCGGUGAUUCCCCCAAAGUUACACCCAUACCAAAGCAGCUAGCCAAGAGAAGCGCUAAGGAAAUAUUCUAUUCUUUAAUAAAACAUACUCCGGAAAAAAUAUCGGAAAAUAAAUACUACAUUAUUAGGGAUUAUGAGGAUAAAGAAGGAGAAAGCUACUUUAUCACCAAAGAGAAUGAAAAAGAAAAAGAACCCAAGAACUGCAUCCUUAGAAAAAGGAAGAAAGAAAAGAAAGAGAAGAAAUCCAAAAAGGAGGAGCAGAAGCAGCAAUUAGAAGAGAAGGAAGCCGAAGACAUAGACAGCCCUAUCUCCCCUAGAUGUGCAGACUGUGAAGAGACCGAUAGAGACCCGAACAUCGUCCCGCUAAUCGAAGAAGAGACGGAAGAAGCUUCCCUACUGUGGGACAUUUUACCAGUGGUGCUGCACGAGAGGGAAGUAGCUGUACAGGGGGAAGAAGCGGAACAGAACUAUGACCACCCUGAAGAGGACAGCGAAAAUUCUGAAGAAGAAAAAUAUUCUGAUGAUGAAAAGGAAGAAGAAGUGAAAGAGGUAGUGAAGGAGGAGGUGAAGGAGGAAGUGAAGGAGGAAGUGAAAGAGGAAGUAAAGGAGGAAGUAUACCCCCAGGAGGAGUCGAUAGUAGAGCAUAACGACGAACGCGAAGAAAAAGCUUCUAUUGAAAGAGAAGUAUAUCCUGGAGGAAGGGAAGAAGAAUGGAAAAAAUGGGAAUUGAAAUUGAGAGGGAAGAAGAUCCUGAAACAGAAAUAUUUGAUGAAACAGCAGUUUCUACUGAAUGGGAAGUAG